UUGAACGAGCCUCCAUGCUGGUGAUCUUGUUGAACUGCGUCACCCUGGGGAUGUUCCAACCCUGUGAGGACCACGACUGUGAGUCGGAACGAUGCAAGAUCCUGGAGGACUUUGAUGACUUUAUCUUUGCGUUCUUUGCGGUGGAGAUGGUCAUCAAGAUGGUGGCGCUGGGCAUCUUUGGGAAGAAGUGUUAUCUAGGAGACACCUGGAACAGGCUCGACUUCUUUAUCGUACUGGCCGGAAUGCUAGAGUACUCUCUGAACCUGCAGAACGUGAGUUUCUCAGCAGUGAGAACGGUUCGAGUUCUGAGACCCCUCCGAGCCAUCAACAGAGUACCUAGUAUGCGUAUCCUGGUGACCCUGCUACUGGACACCCUGCCCAUGCUGGGGAAUGUCCUGCUGCUCUGUUUCUUUGUCUUCUUCAUCUUCGGCAUUGUGGGCGUGCAGCUGUGGGCGGGGCUACUGAGGAACCGCUGCUUCCUGCCUGAGAACUUCUCACUUCCUCUGUCCGUCGAGCUCGGCAACUAUUACCACACGGAGAAUGAUGACGAGAACCCCUUCAUCUGCUCCAUGCCCAGGGAGAACGGCAUGCGCCUGUGUUCCUCUGUGCCUACCCUGUAUGAGGAGGGAGGUCUCCAGUGUCAGAUGGACAUGAAGUCCUACAACAGCACAGACAACACCACCUGUAUCAACUGGAACCAGUACUACAGUAACUGCUCGGCGGGACACGUCAACCCCUUCAAAGGGGCCAUCAACUUUGAUAACAUCUGCUACGCCUGGAUCGCCAUCUUUCAGGUGAUCACGCUGGAGGGCUGGGUGGACAUCAUGUACUUUGUGAUGGAUUCUCACUCCUUCUACAACUUCAUCUACUUUAUCCUCCUCAUCAUCAUUGGCUCUUUCUUCAUGAUCAACCUGUGUCUGGUCGUCAUCGCCACCCAGUUCAGUGAGACCAAGCAGAGGGAGAGCCAGCUGAUGAAGGAACAGCGCAUCCGUUUCCUGUCCAACGCUAGUACCCUGGCCUCCUUCUCCGAGCCGGGCUCCUGCUACGACGAGCUGCUCAAACUCCUGGUCCAUGUCCUCCGCAAGGGGUGCAGGCAGGUGGCCCAUGUCUGUCGGGCCUUGAUGCGCCGUGCUGGGAUGAACAUCGCAGCCUCUCCCCCUGCCCUGGAGCGAGAGAGGGGGAGCCAGAGAAGGAGGAGGAAGGCUUCCAGACAGGGUUCUGUGGUCUCCAGAAAAGGGUCGAUGUCCGUUCAUCACUUGGCUCACCAACAUCAUCAUCAUCAUCAUCACUAUCACCUAGUGAAUGGGAGUGUGAGGGGGGGACUAGGGGGUAGGGGGGUAGAGUGUGUCGGGGGAGGAGGGGCGGACGUGGAGACGGGUUCACAUAGCAACAACGGUGGCGCUGGACGGCUCAUGUUGGGUCCACCUCCAUCGACCUCUGACCUGAACUUGGCGACCCCGGCGUCACCAGCCAAUCCCGCGCUGGGCAUCAUGUGCCACACAGACUGCCACCUGGAGCCCACCACCCCCACUACCCUCACCCCUAGCCCCUUCUCCCUGGCACCCAUCCCCAUGUCCAGGGCUAUGAAGAGGAACUCAGUGCCCUUUGCUGCCCCCGGACCUAAGAACUACCCCACCCUACAGCCCAGGGCACUAAUGGAGUCUAGAAGUGUCAGUGUUACAGCUAGUACCAUCAGUAAUAUAAACCUCAACCUCAAUAUACCACCACUAACCUUGGAGAGGGGACCACAGAGUCUGGUGGACACACACACACCUACGCCAGCCCAGCUAUCCAACCGUGACCUGAGUGUCAUCGGAACCCUGGACCCCUCGUUCCCCUUUGACCCUGAAUCAUGCCCAUACUGUGCCAAGGCCCUAGCAGGGGAGUCAGAGGGCACGGAUGUAAACGAGAACCCCGGGGACUCAGACAGCGAGGGCAUCUACGAGUUCACCCAGGACCUCCACCACAGAGACCGCAGGGACCGUCGGGACAGCCGUCAGCCCAGGAAGGGGCAGCGAAAGCUGGGUACCACGGCAGGGCGAGUGGUCCGGGCCUGGAGGCUGGUGUGUGACACCUUUAGGAAGAUAGUCGACAGCAAGUACUUUGGAAGAGGGAUCAUGAUCGCCAUUCUGAUUAAUACACUGAGUAUGGGGAUUGAAUACCACGAACAGCCUGAUGAGCUGACCAAUGCGUUGGAGAUCAGUAACAUAGUGUUCACCAGUCUGUUUGCCUUGGAGAUGUUACUCAAGGUGUUGGUCUAUGGGCCAUUCGGAUACAUCAAAAACCCCUACAACAUUUUUGACGGAAUCAUAGUGGUCAUCAGUGUAUGGGAGAUCGUGGGCCAGCAGGGCGGUGGUCUGUCUGUGCUGCGUACCUUCAGACUGAUGCGCGUGUUGAAGCUGGUGCGCUUCAUGCCCGCUCUGCAGAGGCAGCUGGUGGUGCUGAUGAAGACGAUGGACAACGUGGCCACCUUCUGUAUGCUACUGAUGCUCUUCAUUUUCAUCUUCAGUAUCCUGGGAAUGCAUCUGUUUGGCUGUAAGUUUGGAUCAGAGAGAGAUGGAGACACUCUACCAGACAGGAAGAACUUUGACUCUCUGCUCUGGGCCAUCGUCACUGUGUUUCAGAUCCUAACUCAAGAGGACUGGAACAAGGUGCUGUAUAAUGGUAUGGCUUCCACCACUCCUGUGGCUGCUCUCUACUUCAUUGCCCUCAUGACCUUUGGGAACUACGUACUCUUCAACCUGCUGGUGGCCAUCUUGGUCGAAGGCUUCCAGACUGAGGCUCCCCCUGUCUCUCUACCCUCCACCACCCCUCUGCACGAUGCCACGGCUGUUGAGACUAACCAGGGAGAAGAAUCCAAGUCAGUGUCGGAGGCAGAUUUAUCCUCGAGGAGUAUGGAGGACGUGAACGGCAGUAGAAAGGAUGUGUCUGGCUCCCCGGUAGUCCCAAUAAACGGUCAUGUUGACCUGAAGACCAGUCUGACCCCUCCUCUGAUUACCCAUACUGCUGCCACCCCCAUGCCCGUUCCCAAGCUGCCUGCCGUGGGUGACCCUGCCCUGGGCUACGAAUCCCGACGAGGCAGCAAUGUCUCCAUGGACCUAACCUCUUACGACAAGUCUCCGACCAGUGCCCGUAGCACCUCCCCUUACGCCCCGUGGUGCUCUGCCAGUGGUUGGACCAGCCGUCGAUCGAGCUGGAACAGCUUAGGCCGUGCCCCCUCGCUCAAACGAACAAAGCUUCAGUCUGGCGAACGGCGGUCGCUCCUCUCCGGCGAGGGAGGGUCCAGUUCGGAGGAUGAGGAGGGGGGUGGAGGGGGGACAUCGGAGGGGGACGAUGCAUCCCUGUGUCGUAUUAACUCCAUGUCCCAGCCCAGACACAGGAGGAUGGAGUCGGUGGAGACCAGGGGGUCCAUAGACCUGGCCCCCGACACACUGCUUCAGGUGCCCUACCUGUAUCGCUCAGCCAGUAUGCACAGCUCCAGACCCCCCUCGCUAGGAGGCCUGAGAGCCCCAGAACACAGUGACUGUAAUGGGAAGGGUACUUCGGCCCCUGGCGGGGCCCUGGCCCCUACACAGCUCUCCCUGGAGGACAACACAGAGGACGACGCAGCAGAGGAGGAGGUGGUCGUGGGUCAUUUUGCCAGGCUGUCAGGCUGGCUGGACAGGAAACAGCCAGAGUGGUGUCGACAGAGAGAUACCUGGUCCCUGUACAUAUUACCCCCAGACUCCAGGUUUCGGAUGGCGUGCAAUAAGAUCAUAACCCACAAGAUGUUUGACCACAUUGUUCUGGUCAUCAUCUUCCUCAACUGCAUCACCAUCGCCAUGGAGAGGCCGAGGAUAGACCCAUACAGCGUGGAGCGUAUCUUCCUCACGUUAUCCAACUACAUCUUCACAGCGAUCUUCGUGGCUGAGAUGACAGUCAAGGUGGCUGCACUGGGCUGGUUAUUUGGUGAUAAGGCCUACCUGAGGAGCAGCUGGAACAUUCUAGAUGGGAUUUUAGUGAUGAUUUCAGCCAUAGAUAUCCUGGUCUCAUUGGUAUCGAACAGCAGCCCCAAGAUACUGGGCAUGCUCAGAGUGCUGCGCUUACUACGGACGCUCAGGCCACUACGUGUUAUCAGCAGGGCGCCAGGUCUGAAGCUGGUAGUGGAGACUCUGAUGUCAUCUCUGAAGCCUAUAGGGAACAUCGUGGUCAUCUGCUGCGCUUUCUUCAUAAUCUUUGGUAUCCUGGGAGUACAGCUCUUCAAGGGGAAGUUCUUUGCAUGUCAGGGAGAUGACGUGAGAAACAUCACCAACAAGUCAGACUGUAUAAUGGCCAACUACAAAUGGGUUAGACAGCAGUACAACUUUGAUAACCUGGCACAGGCUCUGAUGUCUCUGUUCGUGCUGGCUUCUAAGGAUGGUUGGGUGGAUAUCAUGUAUGAUGGAUUAGAUGCAGUAGGAGUCAACCAACAGCCACAGCUGAACUACAACCCCUGGAUGCUCCUCUACUUCAUCUCCUUCCUGCUCAUCGUCAGCUUCUUCGUGCUCAACAUGUUCGUGGGUGUGGUGGUGGAGAACUUCCACAAGUGUCGUCGCAGCCAGGAGGCCGAGGAGGCCAAGCGCAGGGAGGAGAAGAGACUGAAACGGAUGGAGAAAAAGAGACGGAAAGCUCAGAGUAAGCCUUACUACUCGGAUUACUCCCCCACUCGUCUCCUCAUCCACAAGAUGUGCACCUCCCAGUAUCUGGACCUCUUCAUUACCAUUGUCAUCGCACUCAAUGUCAUCACCAUGGCGAUGGAACACUACCAGCAGCCAAAGGAGUUGGACGAGGCGCUGAAGAUCUGUAACUACAUCUUCACCAUCGUCUUCGUCCUGGAGUCUGUCUUCAAGCUGGUGGCCUUUGGCUUCCGACGUUUCUUCAAGGACAGGUGGAACCAGCUGGACCUGGCCAUAGUGUUGUUGUCCAUCAUGGGCAUCACUCUGGAGGAGAUUGAGGUCAAUGCAUCCCUGCCCAUCAACCCUACUAUCAUCAGAAUCAUGAGAGUGCUAAGGAUAGCACGAGUGCUGAAGCUACUGAAGAUGGCAGUGGGGAUGAGAGCGUUGCUGGACACUGUCAUGCAGGCUCUGCCUCAGGUGGGGAAUCUGGGUCUUCUCUUCAUGCUGCUCUUCUUUAUCUUCGCAGCACUGGGAGUGGAACUGUUUGGUGAUCUCAUUUGUGAUGAGCUGCACCCGUGUGAGGGCUUGGGACGCUACGCUACGUUUAAGAACUUUGGCAUGGCCUUCCUGUUGCUGUUCAGAGUAUCCACCGGAGACAACUGGAACGGCAUUAUGAAGGACACCCUGCGAGACUGUCAACAGGAGAAUGCAGGCACCUGUUACAACACGGUGGUCUCUCCUAUCUACUUUGUCUCCUUUGUGCUGACUGCCCAGUUUGUCUUGGUCAACGUGGUCAUAGCCGUCCUCAUGAAGCACCUGGAGGAGAGCAACAAAGAGGCCAAGGAGGAGGCAGAGCUGGAGGCUGAACUAGAGCUGGAGCUCCAGCAUGGAGGAAGGGGAGGGUGUGGCAGUGGGAGAUCACCCCAGCUAAGCCCUCUGGCCCUGGGCAUGGAGGAGGGAUCUGGCAGCUCCCCCUGGAGGUCUCCAGAGAGGGAGAUCCAGAGGGGCAAUGCGAUGGAUUCUCCCCCAGCAGAUAUCACUAGAAGAGACUCCAUACACAUCAGCACUGAUGCUUCGCUAGGCCUGGAGCCACCACUAGAGCGAAGAGCGAUGUUUGACUCGGUCUCCUCGGUGAUCCAGGGUUCGAUGGAGGGAGAGUUGAGUCUGAUGGACAACCUGUCAGGGUCAAUAUGUCACUACUACGCCCUACCCCCACUACCCAGCAAGCACCGCAGUGACAAGAAGAUCCCUCUAGCGGAGAUGGAAGCUCUCUCUCUGACCUCCGACAAAUCCUGGUCCCUAGCUCUCACCGACGACUCCACCCCUGAUGAUAUUAACCCUCUCUUACUAACCAGUCUGGAGUCCAACGUGGAGUUACUUGAUCCUGGGGAGCCGCUGGAGGACAACCUGUUGAGUGUACGGAAGUCAGCGGUGAGCCGCACCCACUCUCUACCCAAUGACAGCUACAUGUUCCUGCCUCUGGAGCCCUUCGGACCCCCAGGAGCCGGCCUGGCUCCUGGCUUAUCUCCAGUACUGACACAGGCUACAGGGCCGCAGCACAUAGAGGCACUUAGCAGCGCCCUGUCAGGCUCCAGUACCUCGGUGCGGUCCCAACCAGAGGAGAGCUCCCAGCAGUCGGCUGUGCCUACAGACUUCUUCAGACCCAUCAGUCCUCACAGCCUCUCAGACUCAGAGAAUAUACCCCGACUACCCCCGCCACAGCACACACACACACUUAGCCGCACACUCCGCAGACAGAGUCUAGUUCAGCAACCACCAGACCCGGAGCUGCUGAUCAAACACAGAUACUCCUGUUUCUGAAACAGUAAAAUAACUACCCCUGACCCGCUACCGCUCAUUUCAGAAACACUGAGCGUCCCUAUUUCUUAUCCACCCCGCCUCCAACACACACACACACGUGCGCGCCCGCUCACACACACAUUUCUCUUUCCCUGACCUCUCCUCCUCCCCUUCUUGCUCCAUUGUUUGUCUGUCUUCUGCUGACCAUCUGCCACAAUGCAUCUCACUUGACCCACCGUCAUACAGUAGGUAGCGUUGAACAUCGUUUUGGAAUGGCUAGACUGUUAAUUCUCAUAGAAAUAGGGGACUGUAUUGUUUCUGAACCCCUAUAGGGUCAUAUGAACUACCCACUGAAAUCGUUAUCACACAUCUGUUGAUUGAUGGAAUGUAUUUGAGAUUAAGAUGCAGUCAGUUUGUCUAUUAAAUGUAGGCAUUGGCCUACACGUCACACUAUUGUAACUACAUAUUACACUGUUAUAACUCAGGGUUUAAAUCAGGACUGUCAGUUCUGUCCAUGAUAUUUGGCCACAUAUUUGUAUGACUGUUUUAGAGCACUUGUUGUCCUUGUUGGGCAGUAUUGUGAUUGUAUGAAGAUGAUUAUGUUGAUGAAAUAGUUACUAUUGAGAAGUAGUUAUGAUAUGACAUUUUAUUUAAUGUUACCCCGUAUGACAGGAAAUGUUCUACAACCACAAAUAGGUAUUGAUUAAAAAAAUGUAAGAGGAGUUGGCUCCAUUGUUAGUGCUACUGUAGCUGUAGCUGUUGGCUUGGUUAUACUAUCUUAGUCCGCUAGAUGUCACUGUUGUCACAUCAUCCAUGCUUUCUGUCAAGACACACAAAUCUUCAAGUCAUGAAUAUUCUGUGAACAAUCAUGUCCCAAUUGUCCCAAAACUCUUAAAUAGCUACCUUUUCUUUUCUGUCCAUAUUUUGUCACCUAACAACCAAGAUACUUCAGAUCUGUGGUCUCAAAUUGCAUAAGAUAUGGAAAGGAUGCUAUAUGAGACUUUUGUAACUUUUAUAGUGUGUCAUUGUGUUCUACUAACCUUUCCUCUCCUGUAGCUACACACAGACCCAGUACCCUCUGCCCUUUGCCCUCUGACCUCUGAGGAAAAAAAGCUGAAGGGCUGCCCUAUAGUACCACUCUCUAAAAUGUCCAAUACAUUUUUGUCAUUGGGGAGUUAGAUGACUGGGCUACAAGAGCAGAGGGUAUUGAGGAUAUUGGGCAUUUGGAAGAGGCUCAAAAUGCAGUGCACCAGACCAGGCAUAUCUCCCAAUACUCCUUCUGUUAAACAGGGAAUUAACAUUGGGCACUCAAUUAGAACUUGGGAAACCACGGUUGUACCCAGUGUCCUAGCUGAGACAAACUGUGCCCUACUACUGCUGCUACUGUAAAUCACAUGCUGUCACUGAAUCUCUUCAUAAAAAAGAUACUCUUGACACAUAUCUGAACCUGGAAUGGUUUCCUUGUGCAAUAAACAUACAGCAAUACACUUACUAGUUGACGUACAAAUGGUACUGCACUCUAUUGCAAUUUCAACAUUUCCUCUGUAUCACAAUGAGGCAGAGACGGUAUUGAGAGCAUGCUGGUCUAAUGGUGAACUCUGACCUUCACUCCUAUUGGUCAUCCUCACCCAGUCACCUCACACUAACCAGUCUCCCACCUCUCACCCCCUCAUGUCCCCCUAACCACCCAACCCCUGUGUCUCAAUCUCUCCCUCCCUGCCUCACCCCUCUCCCUGUUCUUCUCUCCCGCUCCUCUUCCACAUUUCUCCAUUUCUUUCAAACUCUGCCUCACUGCAUCAUCCCUCCUAAUCCCUCUCCUCCCUCCUCCCCCUCUCCCCCUCCUUCCUCCACCAGGUGGCAGUAUCUAAUGAUUCCCAGGAGGCUCUGUGGUCUGACGGAGGGGAGUGUGAGGAGGGGGUCCUAAAUGUAGCUUCCCUAGCCCUCCCCCUUUCCUCCUCCUCUUCCUCAUCCUCCCAUCUUCACCAGCAGCCUUCUCUCUGGCUGGUCCCUGCCACCCCAGGGGUGUCCCCUCAACUGUCGCGCCCCAGUAGUGUUCACACCCAACACCCCUUCUCAAACCACGACCAGCACCACCUCUCCUCCUCACCCAACUCCCCCUCCUCCCUCUCCUCACCCCCUCCUCCCCUCCCCUCCGCUCGCCCCUGGAGACAGGAAGAGGCCUCGGCAGAUCACGAGGUGUCGCUCAUCAACCGGGCGGGGCUGGCGGGGAGUGAGGAUGUCACCGGUGUCGGACUGGGGUCAGAGGUCGGAGGUCUCAAUGACAGUUACCAAGGUCAUGAGGUUGGCCGUGGUGAGGGGAGCCGGCCGUGCCUGAGACAGCUGAAGAGGUUCCACAGCGCUGACGCCCAGGGUCGGAGCAUUCUAGCGUCCCGGCCACGCCCCCUGUCCUGGUUGGACGAUCCUCGGCGCCACUCAGUGGAGGUGUGUUCGUCUGUAGAGUCCAGUCCCCAGCGCAGCACCACGUCCUCGGGGUUCGUCUCCAGAGCAGACAGCCUCCAGAUCCAUUCCCAGACCACAACAAAGACCCUGCCCUCUCCCCGACGCAAGAAGAAAAUGAGCCCCCCGUGUAUCUCCGUAGACCCCCCUGAUGGACUGGAGUCCCAGCCCGGCCUCCACCCUACCCUGGGAGGUUUGGGGGGCCUAGGGAUGCCCCCUCCCUUACCCAGCCGGGAUACCUCCUGUCUGAGGAGACGGGCUCCCUCCAGUGACUCCAAGGACUCCUUUGACCUCGGGGCAGGGGAGGGGCUGGGCCAGGAGGGAGGGGGGCCCAACCCCAAGCUGUUGACUCUGCCCAGCUUCUCCUUCGAGAAGACAAGCUCUGAGCACUGAACACUCACACACACUGAUGUACACACACACAUUAACACACACACACACACACAGACAAACCAUUAAGCACAUAGGCACACAGACACACACAUGCAAACACACGAUACACUUGGUGUAUCCGUGAUGGUGAUAGUCGUAGUAAUAAUACCGUAGAGAGUAAUUAUGGUAAAACUACAACGAAACGGUCAAAUCAUCCUUGGUUUUAUUGAGGAUCCGUGCAGUACUGUCGUAGUGUGACCAUCCCUUGUCUUUGUAUUGUUGUACUGCCAAAACCACAAGAACGUGAAAAGAACACAGCAUAAGCAGAGUUGAAACAAGAAUACAAACGUGACUGUUUCUCCUCUACCACACCUGCAUGCCGCCAUUGGCUGCAGGUCGACCCCAUGACCUCUGGAGUGAAGUCAGCACCAAUAACUUUGGAUAGCGCCUGCCUGUGGCCACUAUUGGGAAUGCUCAGUGUUAGACAGUGGGACUUCACCCUCACACGGGCAACAGUGGAGGUACAAAGCAAUAU